GAUUAGAUGAGGAAGAUGGAGAAUCAAACACAAAGACAAAAACAUAUCCUUCCUUCUCCUUCUUCUCUGUUUCUGACAUUUUCCUCUCUGUUUUUUCCUUUUGACUAAAAUUUUCCUCUCUGUUUCUUUCCUGGAAACAGAGAGAAAAAUUUCUUUUUUUUUUUCUUUUCUCCUCUGUAUUUCCGUAAAGGAUGGAUCUUUGUGAAUAGGUAGCUGGACCCAUCUUAAGUUUCUUGUCAAGGUCUUGUGGCUCAUUAUUGUUCUUGUUUCCCGCAAUUUCAAUUAGAGAAUGCAACAAAGGUUCUUGCUUUCAAGCCUUUCAUUGUUGUAUCUUUAGCAUUUGAGGCUCUGUUUCUGAGUAUAUACCACACAAUGGAUUCUGAGUUAAAGUUUUCUUCAAGAGACGUUGUGAAAUGUUGUGACUACUCCCUUGAGGCAUAUUCUUCUUCAGACCCUUUGACUAGAACGGUUAAAAGAAAGUUCAACGACUUCAACUUGCUACGUGGCGCUUCUGAUUCAUCUUCAAACGCGAAGCUACUAGUUGAAAACGAAUGUGCUGCUUUACUUCAGGAUCUUUCUUCCCAAAGGAAGACAGUGAAAGAUCUUCAUUUGGAGCUCGAAGAAGAGAGAAAAGCUGCUGCUUCAGCAGCUAAUGAGACAAUGUCGAUGAUACUUAGGCUGCAGAGAGAAAAGGCUGAGAUACAGAUGGAAGCUAGGCAGUUCAAAGCCUUUGCUGAAGAGAAGAUGACUCAUGAUCAGGAGAAGCUUUUGGUUUUGGAGGAGUUGUUGUAUGAGAAAGAGCAAGCUAUUGAGGCUUUGACUUAUGAGGUUGAAGCUUAUAAGCAUAGGCUGUUGAGCUAUGGUGUAACAGAAGGAGAGAUGAAUGAUCAGAUACUUGGCUUUGGUAGAGACUCUAGCAUGGUUGGUGUUGAUGUUUACCCUUGUGAGUAUACUAGUGUGGAUGAUGAGACCAUGAGUGGAGGAGGACCAGAUGGUAAUGUUAAUCAGUCUCCAAGAUGGCCUUACUAUGAUCCAAAUUCACCUUUAGGAACUGCGAGGGACUCUCCUAUGUCUAGUAGCGGUGACAGAGUUUAUACUAUUGACGCAAUUCAUGUGGGAGUUUCUGAAGUUAAGGUUGUAGACGAGCCUAGUAGGUUGAGUAAAGGGAAGUUGAAUGGUUGUGAUCAUUGGAACUCUCCGAGAAAACAAGAACCGUUCAUGGCUCAGCAAGGAGUUAAUGAGCCAGGGAUUGAGAAGCUUUACACAAGGCUUCAAUCACUUGAGGCUGAUAAAGAAUCACUGAGGCAGAUCAUUGUGUCGAUGCGGACAGACAAAGCUGAAUUGGUGUUGCUGAAAGAAUACGCACAGCGUCUAUCUAAGGAAACUAUCACAACAAACAGGAGAAACAUGGUUAGCAAAAUGCCGUUUUUCAAAGGACUCUCUGUAGUAACAGCCUUCAAGUGGAUGGUGUCUUUUGUUUCUUGGAGAAGGAAAGCCAAGCGAAACAGGUAUGUGUAUGAUAUGUCAGCAAAUAAUAUGGGGAUGCUUAUGAUUCUAGGCGAGGGGUCUAGGAGUAGGAGAUGGAGUUGUUUAACAAGUGCACAUGUCUAGAUAUAUCCAUUCUUUUUUCUCUCAUUGUGGCAUAGUUAGUGCAAAUUGAAUGUACAUUUUAUCUUUAUUGCGUGACAUGUAUGGGAUGGUCCAGAUUCUGGCUGAAUAUAUCAAAUCAAUCAUUCUUUU